AUGGCUUCCUACUGCACACUCUCACUCUCACUCACAUUCCUCUUUUCAUCUCUCCUCAUCUCCACCAUUAAUGCUUCUUCCGAACCAGAUAUCUUGCUUACCUUCAAAUCCGCCAUUGAUGAUCCCAUGAACUCUCUCUCUUCUUGGUCCAACGCCACCACCACUCACCACUGUAACUGGACUGGUGUCGCCUGCACCACCGCCGCCACCGUCUCUUCUCUCACCCUUCAAAAUCUUAAUCUCUCAGGGGAAAUCUCACCUUCCAUUUGCCAACUCUCUGAUAUUAUCACACUUAACUUGGCUGAUAAUUUCUUUAACCAGCCCAUUCCUUUGCAUCUCUCUCAGUGUUCUUCUUUAAACACUCUCAACCUUAGUAAUAAUCUCAUCUGGGGUACUAUCCCAGAUCAGAUUUCUGAGUUUAAGUCUCUAAUGUUUCUUGAUUUGAGCAAAAACCAUGUCGAAGGGAAGAUCCCAGAUGGGGUUGGGUCGUUACUGAACCUUCAAGUUCUUAAUCUAGGCAACAACUUGCUCUCAGGUAGUGUCCCUCUUGUUCUUGGAAACUUUACAGACUUGAUUGUUCUUGAUUUGUCUCUAAACCCUUUCAUGGAGAGUGAGAUUCCAAGUGAUAUUGGGAAGCUUUUGAAACUUGAGCAGGUUUUAUUGCAAAGAUCUGGUUUUUAUGGCGAAAUACCAAGCUCCAUCGUUGACUUGAAAGGUUUGACCGUUGUUGACCUCUCGGAGAACAAUCUUACAGGUGUUUUACCUUCAAGAAUUGGAAGUUCUCUCACAAAGUUGGUUUCUUUUGAUGUUUCACAGAAUAAUCUUUUUGGGUCUUUCCCAAAUGGGAUUUGUGAAGCCAAUGGGCUUGCUACUCUUAGCCUUCAUACAAACAAUUUCAAUGGAACAUUACCCAAUACGUCCAUUGCUAAUUGCUUGAAUCUUGAAAGGUUAGAGCUUCAGAACAAUGGGUUUCAUGGGGAUUUCCCAAAUAACUUGUGGUCAUUGCCUAAAAUCAAGCUUAUUAGAGCCGAAAACAAUAGGUUUUCUGGUGAAAUCCCUGAUUCAGUAUCAAUGGCUUCUCAACUAGAACAAGUACAGAUAGAUAACAACAGUUUUAUUAGCAAGAUUCCUCAUGGUCUUGGCUUGGUUAAAAGCUUGUAUAGAUUCUCUGCCUCUCUUAAUGGCUUAUAUGGUGAACUCCCACCCAAUUUUUGCGAUUCACCUGUAAUGAGCAUCAUCAAUUUCUCUCACAAUUACAUUGCAGGUGAAAUUCCUGAGCUAAAACAGUGUAAAAAGUUAGUUUCUUUGUCUUUGGCCGAUAACAAUUUUGUUGGUGAAAUUCCAGUAUCAUUAGGAGAUUUGCCUGUGCUAACUUACCUUGAUCUUUCGCAUAAUAACCUUACUGGUGAAAUCCCACUCGAGCUUCAAAACUUGAAACUUGCCCUUUUUAAUGUAUCCUUCAAUAGAUUAUCAGGUAGAGUUCCUUCUUCGUUAAUCGCAGGCCUUCCCGCCUUAUAUAUACAAGGAAAUCCCGAGUUGUGUGGCCCUGGAUUGUCUAAUUCGUGUUCAAAUGAGGGUUCUAAUCGCAGAAUAGCCGGCAUAUCAAAACUGGCUUGUGCAUUGAUUUCCCUAGCUUUAUUAGCUGGAUUACUGAGUUUGGCGUUUGGGUUUUAUGUUAUUCGUAAAGCUUCAAAGCGAAAAUCUGAAACGGGUAUUUGGAGAUCAGUUUUCUUUUAUCCACUUCGAGUUACUGAGCAGGAUUUGAUCAUUGCAAUGGAUGAAAAAGCGUCUCGAGGUAGUUCUGGAGCUUUUGGCAGAGUUUAUAUUGUAAACUUGCCUAGCAACGAGCUUGUUGCUGUGAAAAAGAUACCAACUUUCGGAAACCAAUCUUUCAAAACUUUAAGAACCGAAGUGAAGACGUUGGCGAAGAUCAGGCACAAAAAUGUAGUCCGAAUCUUGGGCUUCUGCCAUUCCUAUGAUUCGAUCUUUUUGAUCUACGAGUGUCUGGAAAAAGGGAGUCUUGGUGAUUUGAUCGGCAAAGGAGAGUUCCAGUUGGCGUGGAAUUUUCGCCUGAAAAUCGCCAUCGGAAUUGCUCAAGGACUGGCUUAUCUUCACAAGGACUACGUUCCCCAUUUGCUGCACAGGGAUGUUAAAUCGAAGAACAUUCUUUUGGACUCAGAAUUCGAGCCUAAACUUACAGAUUUUGCCUUGGAUCGGCUUUUAGGUGAAACUGCAUUCCAAUCCUCCAUGGAUUCUAUAUCUGCAUCUUCCUGUUACAUGGCACCAGAAUUCGGGUACAACAAAAAGGCGACGGAACAAAUGGACACAUACGGAUUCGGUGUGAUCUUAUUAGAACUGGUAACAGGCCGAGCAGCCGAGCAAAUCGACUCGAGUGAAGAGACUCUUGAUGUUGUGAAGUGGGUAAGACGGAAAGUUAACAUCAGCAACGGCGCCGUUCAAGUUCUUGACCCAAAACUUUCGAGUUCGUGUCAACAAGAUGCUUUGGGAAUGCUUGAAAUCGGUCUACAAUGCACGUCGGUCAUGCCAGAAAAACGCCCUUCUAUGUUUGAAGCUGUAGCAGCCCUUCAGUCUCUCGGAUCAAAGCCUCGCCUUACGAGUCUCGAUCUAUCGGCAUCUUCACAUUCGGUUCCCGUUUGAUGUUGGAACCAAGAAACAAGAAAGCCACAUAAUCAAGUUAUAUGUAAAUUAUCAAGUUUGCAUUGCUUUAUACAACAUUAUCCCUUAGUUUCCUCUUUAUGAUCACUCUGUGUCUGUGAUAUGCCAAAAAGUAAAUAUGGUUUUGCAUCCAAUCUAAAUAACUCAUCACUCAGCAUUAAUUUAUCAUACAAACUAACCAUUCAACAAACAACAAUUUAGCUUAAUUCAUACAGACAACU